AUGUAUUGUGAGGGUAAUUUAAAAAGUCCAUAUGUUGCAUUGUUAGAUGCAGAUAUUGGAAUACCAUCACCCUAUGAAUAUAUGAAACCACUGAUACGAUCACUCUCUAAACAAAAUAUUAGAGCAUGUGUUUUAGAGAGAGGUGGAUAUGGAUUUAGUGAUACAGGACCAUUACCACGUGAUGGUAAUCAUACAUUGAAUGAAAUUGUUUCAACCAUUUAUGAAAGUAGAAUGAGAACACCAUUUUUAUAUAUUGCACAUUCAAGUGCAUCAUUUACAGCACGUGCAUUAGCAUCUGAAUAUCCAGAAUUAUUAAGUGGAAUGAUAUUAUUACAUCCAUCACAUGAAGAUCAAGAAUUAAUUUUACUAAAACAAGUUAAAAAUUUAACAGAUAAUGAUAUUCAAUUGAGAAAAGAUACACGUGAUUAUAUUGAUGAUGUUAUUAGAUAUGUUAAUCCAAUUGCAUUACCACGUUUAUUUAAAUAUUUUCAUUUUGAAUUUUUAUUAGAAUAUGAAGAUCCCUAUGAAUUAUAUUAUAUGAAUGGAUGGAAAUCUUAUUUUGAUCAUAUUUUAAAUUUAACUAAUACUUCUAUUAAUAGAAAAGUUAUUUUUCAAAAUAAGUAUACUGGUUGUGUUUGGAGUGAAUUAAAACAUUUUCAAUCUGAUACUGCUGAAUCAAUUAAAUAUUUAAGAUUUAAAUCAUCUAUUAAUCAAAAUAAUAAUACUACUAGUAGUAGUAGUGGUAAUAGUGGUGGUAAUACUGCUGGUAAUAUGAUUAUCAAUAAUCAAUCCAAUUCAACUCUAGUUAAUAAUGAUGACGAUGAUGAUGAUGAUGAAUCAUAUAAGAAAAUACCAACCAUUAUUUUAACAGCUAAAAAUUUAAUAGAUGGUAAUUGUGAAAGUAAUCAUUUUACAGAGGGUAGUAAUAUGUGUAAUAAUUUCAACAUGUGGAAGGAAGGUAGAGGACAAGCUAUUAAAAAAUUACAUUCUGAUUUGGCUUCUUUUUAUAAUGCUAAAUGGGAUUUAAUUGAAAGUUCAUACGAUUUACCAAUUGAUGUUCCAGAUGUUAUUGCAAAAUAUGCAAAAAAUUUAUUUUUAAAAAUUAUUAAAAAUUAA